UAUCCUGAGAUGGAUCUCCAAACGGAACCCCGUCACCGUGGCAACAACCAGUUUUUAACUCUCGGCAGCUGGGGGCGACGACUCGCUGACGACCAGCGAAACGUGCUCGCCCUGAACGUGCUGUUGCUAGGCGACAGGCAGAGUGGGAGGAGCUCUGUGGGGAACGCUCUGAUUGGCGGAGAAGAAUUCCCAACAGGCGCCUCCAUUUCCGGUGCUUCCACAACGACGGCAUGCCAGCUCCUGAGACGAAAUUUCCAGAGUUAUUUCAGACGGCAGGGGGCGGAGUCUGAUCUCAUGUUGAGAGUCGUGGACACGCCCCCUUCAUGGUCCCGCCCACAGAGCGUGCACGAGCUCUGCCCCGAGGGCGUGCACGUUAUUGUGCUUGUUGUGAGAGCCGACCUGCCGCACGACAGCACACACCUGGAGGAGCAGUUGGAGACUCUCUUCAGUCCUGAAUGGCGUCGACAUGCUUUACUUGUUCUAACGCAUGCUGACCACCUGGAGAAGGCGGGGCUUCAGCCGUCAGCCUACCUGACACAGACCAGUGAUUGGCUGAGAGCUCUGGCUGAGGCGGUGGAGGGAGGAGUCUUUUUCUUGGACAACAGCUGUGAUUGGCCGUCGGUCAGAGGACGACCACUGAGGGACCAACUGCUCCACCUCUCGGCCAGGAACCAUCACAGAGCUAUGGCGGUCCGGACGGAGGUCAACUCUGACUCAACUUUAGAGAAGAACUAACACAGACAUAUGAUUUUCUUUCCAUAACACAAAUUAUUGUGUGCUUGUAUGCAUCUGCUUGUUCAGUUGAUGAAAUUGGCACAACUAUAUUUACUCUGUUUUGUA